AUGGCUUCAUCAACACCAACUACAGGUUUCGAACAUUUUGGUCUCAAACUCUACUCAACUGUUAGCGAAGGUCAAAAAGAUCAAAAUAUAUUUCUUUCACCGGCAAGUAUUGCUCUUGCAAUGUCAAUGUGUACAGUAGGUGCACGACAAGAAACAUUAAAUCAAAUGUUAAAAGCAUUAGAAGCAUCAACAACCGCUCAAUUGACAAGUACAGCUGAACAAGUUAUGCGUGUUUUUUCUAUUGCUGAUCAAGAUAAACAAGUUCAACUUAAAUUAGCUAAUCGUCUAUAUGCUCAAAAAGCGUAUAAACUUCAAGAAGAUUAUUUAAAACAAGUUCAAAGUUCUUUUGCAGCUGAUAUUAAACUUGAAGAUUUUGAAAAUGAAAGUGCUAAAGUUGUUCAAACAAUUAAUGCAUGGGUUGAAGAACAAACAAAUAAAUUAAUUAAAAAUUUACUUUCACCCAAUGAUGUUUCAAGUGAUACAAGAUUAAUUAUUAUUAAUUGUAUUUAUUUUAAGGGUACGUGGGUAAAACAAUUUGAUGAAAAUGCAACAAAUGAACAAGCUGAUUUUCAUGAAGCUAAUGGAAAAACUUCGAAAGUUAAAUUAAUGUAUAAGAAAGAUAAAUAUGCUUAUGCUGAAAAUAAGGAUUUAGGAGUACAAAUUGCUCAUUUACCUUAUAAAAGUGAUAAUAAAGAUGUUCAAUUUGUUUUUACUGUUAUUUUACCAAAACAAGGUGUUUCAUUAUCUGAUGUCGAAAAAAAAUUAACAUCAAAACCUGAUUUAAUGCAAGAGGUUUUAAAUCAUCAAGGUACAACAACACAAGAACUUCUUUUAUAUUUACCAAAAUUUAAAAUGGAAGCAACAUUUACUUUAAAUGAUGUUCUUAAACAACUUGGAAUACAAGAUGCAUUCGAUGGAAAUGCUGCCGAUUUUACUGGUAUUGUUAGUAAACAAGAUGAUAUGGCUGGUCUUUACAUUAGCAAAGUUAUUCAUAAAGCAUUCAUUGAUGUGAACGAAAAAGGUUCGGAAGCUGCUGCAGCUACGGCUGUAAUUAUGCUGAGAACAUGUUGUGUUAGACGCCAAGAUCCUGAUCCCAUCGAAUUUAAAGCUGACCAUCCAUUUUUAUUUAUGAUUCGAGAAUGUCGUUCAGAAGCUGCAGCCGCUACUGCUGUUAUGAUGACACUGUCAUGCGCGAUCGUCCGAAAUCGUGAUCCCAUUGAAUUCAAAGCUAAUCAUCCAUUUCUAUUUAUGAUUCGAGAAUGUCGUCAAAAUAUUACUCUAUUUUCUGGAAAAUAUCUGUCACCACCAAGUUCGGAAGCUGCUGCCGCUACAGCUGUAAUUAUGGAGCGAGAGUGCUGCAUGAUGCGCCAAGAUCCUGAUCCGAUCAUAUUCAAAGCUGAUCAUCCAUUUUUAUUUAUGAUUCGAGAAUGUCGUUCGGAAGCUGCUGCAGCUACUGCUGUAAUUAUGCUGAGAGCGUCUCGUGCAGUUCACCGAAAUCCUGAUCCUAUCGAAUUUAAAGUUGAUCAUCCAUUUUUAUUUAUGAUUCGAGAAUGUCAUCAGAAUAUAACUCUAUUUACUGGAAAAUAUCUGUCACCACCAACAUCAUAA